CCCUUCAGAAGGGCUACUGUCAUCCCGCGGGACUUAGUUUCCCCUUGAGGAGACAGCUUUUGGGGUUGGGGGUAACGCCCAGGCAAGGGUGGGAAACCAAACUCCACGGUGCCCAGAUACCCUGGGCAGAUUAAGCGCUCCCCCCUGCAAUCUCGAUUCUGCUGUCCUGAGCCCCGAGGGCCGUCUCCUAGGAAAGCCUUGCUCCCCCAAUCAACCCAGGGUUUUGGGUCACGUGACUCCAUUUCUGGGAACUGGGUCUUGGAGGGUGCGGUGCCCCCACGUGAGUGAUCUUGGAAAGGGACAGGGACUCUCUCCUCCCUGUUUCCAACCUCCCCCCUCUCCUCACUUUCUCCGGGCCCUGGACCUUGCCCUGGAUGUUAACCAUUUCCUAAUGAGAACUUUGAUAAAGGCUGGCAUUUAGGGCUCCCUUGUGGAGCAGGUAGCCGGGGUUGGUAGGAUCCAGUCCAGAAGGCGGGGAGCUUCUGUCUGAGAAUAUCCCAGGAUCGUCCACCAGGGGGCAGAAAAACCAUAAAUAAAAAAAUGUAAUAAUCUCCCUAACAGGUGCUCCCACUGAACGCCUAGCAUCGUUAUGGUCUCAGUCUCGGUCAGUUUGCAAUUAGUCUCAUUUUCCGGCUGAAAAUACUGAGACUUAGAAAGAAGGAAGCCACUGGCCCAGCUCUCCCUGGCUGUUGCUGGCAGAGUUGGGAUGGAAGCCCAGGCUGCCCAAAGGACGGGGCAUGUGCAGGCUCUGGCUAAGGUCAAAUUUGGAGGUUCAUGUCCCAGGAUGGGAGAGGGUUGGGGUAGGGGGGUGUUUCUAGCUGGGAGAACUAUGUUCUUUUGGGAUGCUGUGUGGCCAAGGGGAAGUGGCCUGACCUCUCUGAGCCUCGAGUUGGCUCCUCUUCUGAAACGUGAGGACAAGAGUUCUGACCACCAGAGUGUGAGGCUUGAAGGAGGUGCCGGGGCUCAAGAGCCAUUGCAAGACCUGGCACAUAGUAGGCGCUCAGGAAAUGAGUUCCCCAUCUUUCCUGAGCCUCCCCUCCCAUGUCCCUGGCCGUGGGGAGUGACAGGGUUAGGAUGGGCCUCAGGGAGACGGGGGCUGGGACGCUUGGGACCCUGAGCCCCUCCCCAUGGUGCCCGGAACCCAGUGAGGGGGCCCCACCUCCGACUUCCUGCGGCACCGGCCACAUCCUGCUCUGGGGUGCCCUGCGCAGGCCACUUCCCCCUCUGGCUGGGGCGGCAACCCCAGAACCUGAACAGGGGCGAGGACAGACGGAGCAGGAUGGAUAGAUUCUGGACGACCCCCGGCCAGUUCUCCCUUCUGGCAGCUCUGGUCCCGCGGCUGGUUAAGGCCCAACCCUUGGCCCAGCGGAAGCCGUGGCUGGUAGGGCUGGGGGCUGCGCUGGCCUUCCUGUUCCUCAUCUUUGUCCUCACCUUGGUCUACGCUAUCUGGUGCAGCGAGCCCUGGGACAGCAAUAAAGAGAAGGAAGAGGAGACUGUGAGAAAAGAGGAGAAGGAUGGAGAGGGCGACUGGGGGUUGGAACUGGAGGAGAGAGGGGCCUCCGAACCAUGAAGCAAUGGCAAGCUCCUCCUCAUGAAGGUUUCCCACUCAUCUCCUCCAGGCAGCCACCUAAAGAUGCCCCAGUGCCUCCUCCAGACCCAUCAGCAAGGACCCGGUCCUGGGGCCAGUGAGAUAACUCCAUCUGGGAUUCAGGGUAAAGUGCCCUUGAGUGCAGAGGACUCAGGACCUGCCCCAAGUCCCUCUUGGAGGGCUCUCUGCGUGUUACCUGGUCGCCCUGUACCCCUUCCCAAGCUUGGUCUCCACCUGAUGAUUCUUCUUGAGCCUGGAGGACACCCCUGGCGCAAGGAGCAACCCACCUCCCCGAGACCCCCUACUAUCUCAUAUCUCUACCCAGUCUGCAUCGCUGGCAGCUUUUGGCCCUUUUGAUUUCUUCUCCUACCUCCGAUUU